AUGAUAAGUUUGGGAUUUAAACAAAGUCAAGGAGAUCACACCUUGUUCAUUAAACACUCUAAAUCAGGGAGAGUUACAGUGCUAUUGGUUUAUGUAGAUGAUAUUAUAAUAACAUGUGAUGAUGAGGAGGAACAACAACUUUUAGGCCAACAUCUAGCCAAGGAAUUUGAAAUUAAGACCUUGGGAAAAUUGAAGUAUUUCUUAGGGAUUGAAGUGGCCCAUUCUAAAAAGGGAAUAUUUAUAUCUCAGAAAAAAUAUAUCACAGAUUUGUUGAAAGAAACUGGGAAGACAACAUGCAAGCCUACAAGUACACCAAUUGAUCCAAACAUGAAAUUGAGGAAUGUAGAAGAAGGUACUGCAAUUGACAAGGAAAUGUAUCAAAUGUUAGUUGGUAGAUUGAUUUAUUUAUCUCACACUAGGCUUGAUGUUGCAUUUGUUGUAAACCUUGUUAGCCAGUUCAUGCCCCAACCUAAGGAGGUUCACUUACAAGCUCCACUAAGAAUUGUGCAAUAUUUGAAGGGAACCCCAGGCAGGGGAAUUUUGUUUGAACGAAAUGGGAAUGUAAGUGUGGAAGCAUAUACAGAUGCAGACUAUGCAGGCUCAAUUGUGGACAAGAGGUCAACUGCAGGGUAUUGCACUUUCAUUGGUGGAAAUCUUGUGACUUGGAAGAGUAAAAAACAAAAAUGUGUUAGUCAGAUCUAG